CAUUCUGUUUCCGGCACCGAGAGCGUCCACUCAGCGGAGAUGGCGAGUGGAGGAGUAUCGGUGGCUUCGCUUUGGACCGACGUGAACCGCUGCGGACAGAAUGGAGACUACACCAGAGCCCUCAAAGCUCUCACUAAAAUUUUGCACGAAAACAGGGACGAUGUGACGGCACUGCACUGUAAAGUGGUUUGCCUUAUCCAGAAUGGGAGCUUCAAAGAGGCGCUAAAUGUGAUGAACACCCACUCAAAGAUGCUCGGCAGUGAGGUGGUGUUUGAGAAGGCGUACUGUGAGUACCGGCUGAACAGAGUGGACAGCUCCCUGAAGACCAUCGAGAGUGCUCCUGAGCAGACAGACAAGCUGAAGGAGCUUUACGGUCAAGUGUUGUACAGACUGGAGCGCUACGAUGAGUGCAAGUCUGUCUACACGGAUCUGAUCAGGAACUCCCAGGACGAGUACGAGGAGGAGAGGAAGACCAACCUCGCCGCUGUGGUGGCUGCAAUGAGUCAGUGGGAGAAGGCUCCAACGGAAGAUCUGGGUCUGCCUGAGUCAACGUAUGAGCUCUGCUACAAUGCUGCCUGUUCUCUGAUUGGCCAAGGAAAGCUUACAGAGGCCCUCAAUAAACUACAGCAAGCAGAAGAGCUUUGUAGAGUCUCGCUGGCAGAUGAUUCUGAUAUGACUGAGGAGGACAUCCAGUCGGAGCUGGCUGUCAUCCAUUCUCAGAUGGCGUACGUCAUGCAGUUGCAGGGUCGCACAGAUGAGGCUCUGCAGCUCUACAACCAGGUCAUCAAGCUCAAACCAUCUGACGUGGGGCUGCUUGCUGUGACUGCCAACAAUAUCAUCACCAUAAACAAGGACCAAAACGUGUUUGACUCAAAGAAAAAGGUGAAGCUGACGAAUGCUGAAGGUGUUGAAUACAAGCUGGCAAAGAAACAGCUGCAGGCCAUUGACUUCAACAAAGCCUUGCUGGCCAUGUACACUAACCAGGCUGACCAGUGCAGGAAGCUGUCAUCCAGUCUUCAGGCUCAAAAUCCAGGACAUCCACGGCCGGUCCUCAUCCAGGUGGCUCAGCUGUGCAGAGAGAAGCAGCACAGCAGGGCCAUAGAGCUGCUCCAGCAAUUCUCCGAUCAGAAUCCAGAGAGUGCGUCUGGCAUCAAACUGACAAUGGCACAACUCUAUUUAGUACAAGGUCAUGUGACAAAAGCCUGUGAUGUCCUGAGGUCCAUUGAAGAGUUCAAGCACAAACCAGGGAUGGUUUCAGCUCUGGUAACAAUGUACUCCCAUGAAGAAGACAUCGACAGCGCCAUCGAUGUUUUCAAACAAGCUAUUGAGCAUUACCAGUCUGAACAGCCUGGAUCUGCUACACAUUUGGCUCUUGUAAGAGAAGCUGCCAAUUUCAAGCUGAAGUAUGGGCGGAAAAAAGAAGCCAUUAGUGAUCUGGAGCAGCUGUGGAAACAAAACACCAAGGACGUCCACACAUUGGCACAACUCAUCUCUGCAUAUUCUCUAGUGGACACGGAUAAAGCCAAAUCGCUCAGCAAACACCUACCGUCUGCAGACACCAUGUCUUUCAACGUGGAUGUGGACGAGCUGGAGAAUUCCCACGGAGCCACAUACGUCAGGAAAAAAGCCGCUAAAGUUGUGGGAGAAAACCCUCCCAAAGAACAAGGCCAUGGUGAAGUCAAAAAGAAGAAGAAGAAAAAGAAAGGAAAAUUGCCCAAGAACUAUGACCCCAAAGUGACCCCUGACCCCGAGAGGUGGCUUCCUAUGAAGGAGCGCUCCUACUACAGAGGGAAGAAGAAGGGCAAGAAGAAGGAUCAAAUAGGAAAAGGCACACAGGGAGCGACAGCAGGAGCUUCAGCAGAGCUGGAUGCCAGUAAGACUGCCAGCAGCCCCCCUACCUCACCGAGACCAGGGUCUGCGUCCGGCUCUUCUACAGCCCCCGCCAGCGGAGUAGUUCCCCCACGACAGCAGAAACCAUCGUCCUCAGGCACCACUCGCAAGAAAGCACCGCAAAAGAAGAAGAAAGGAGGCAAAGGAGGCUGGUAGUCAGAGGGAAGCAAUGUGAGGAAGAAGGCUGUUGGCAUCUGAGCAGCAGAGAAUUUAAAAGCUUUUUUUUUUCCUUCGUUUUUUUUAAAAUUCAGUUUUAUUUUUUUUCUUUCAUUUUUUCUGUUCAGGUCAUUUGAUCAAACCAAAAUCCUCCCCGCUGCUCAUCGACACCAUGAAUCUGAUUUUUUUUUACAAAGUAAAGGAGAAAAAAAAGAGUUGACAAUUUAAAGGACAGUUCCACUGAAAUUGACUUUUUGUUGCUCUGCAAAACCAGCGUUUGUUUUCACUGAAUCAAUAACACCACAGAUAUCCAUAUUCUCAUUAAAUGUGCAUUGAAUUGUCUUCUUGGCUGCAUAUUUCUACACCUUAACAGCUGCACUGUAUUUAGCAUUUUUCUUUAUUUUUAAGCAGAAACAAAUUCUGAUCAAUCAAAAGUGAAUUAAGUGUUUAAAUCAUGUAUGCAAUAAG